AUGGUUUUCAACUGGACAAUGCUCCACGAACUAAAAUAUGAUCCACAACUGUUAAUUUCAGAAUCAUCCAAUAUUUCAGUUACAACAUUGAUAGCUUUACGAAAAGCUGCUUCAUCACAUCAAUCAGUGACACCGUUGCGUCCAUUACCAAUUAAAAGCAAUUCAUCAUCUGGGGCAUUUUGUGUUGCAUUACCAGCUACAAUAACAAAAAAAGCUCUAAAAAGGACAGCUAAACGUCUGGAUGAAGCGGGAAGGAAAGCAAGAAUUCUUGAAAAUGCUAUCAAUAAUAUUUCACAACGUAACAGGAAUCGAUCUAUAUUCCAUUCCGUGGAACAAUUAGCUCAAUCCGGAUAA